GUCCCCGAAACACUCUUGUCAGGCCCAAGGCAAACGUUCCUUGACCGUCGCUCCCUCUCAUCAGCCUCCUCUCUCUCUUCCAUCGGUACACGAUGAUGUGGAACUUCAGCCAUGCUGCGCGCACUCCUAGUAUCCCGAUGCCGAUGCCUUCACCAGGAUCUGAAUUGAGUGUACCACACCACCCACAGCACCACCGAUCUUCCAGUGCCGGCGCGCCGACGGGCUGGUCGGGCAAUGUGUCGGGUGGAUCGAGAGCGACGAGUCCACGACCGAUGGCGAUGCCGGCGCCUGCGUCAUUCAUAAACUCUCCGCCAGUAGAGUACGCGUACGAACCAAGCCCGCGCGCCUUGCUUACGGUGCCGGUGCACGAGCACUACCACCACCGAAGCUCCCAUCGGCGGCAUUCGCAUUCACGCUCGCACUCUCGCUCGCACUCGCACUCGCACUCGCAUAGCCCGAAGCGGCAUAGUCACCAUAGCCAGAGCCAUAGCCGUCCGCAUACGCCAGCACCCCCACCCGCCCAGAUUAUCAUCGCCGCACCACCGCCGCAGCACCAAGUCCUUCGCAAGCCACACAAGCAGCAGCAUCAGCAGCAACAGCCGGUCUACCAUGUCGUGUCGAAACCACACACCCACGCGCCCGCUGCGGCCCCCGUGCCCGUGCCCUCCGUUCCGCUCAUGCCGCCUAUCCACCCGAACUUCAUGUACUCGCGGUGCACCGGCCGACGCAAAGCCCUGUGUAUCGGAGUCAACUACUUUGGGAAGCCGCACGAGCUGCGGGGGUGCAUCAACGAUGCGAAGAACGUGUUCCAUUUCCUAGUCCGACAUGCGUCGUAUCGCCCUGAGGACAUCGUGGUGCUCACUGACGAUGCGCGCCACCAUCGCUCGCUACCGACGCGCAGGAACAUGAUCGAUGCAAUGCAUUGGCUCAUCAAGGACGCGAAACCGCACGAUGCCCUGUUCUUUCACUAUUCGGGACACGGCGGCCAGACGAAGGAUCUAGAUGGAGAUGAGGUGGAUGGAUAUGACGAAGUCAUCUUUCCCAUGGACUUCCAGCAGGCAGGACAGAUUGUAGACGACGAAAUGCACGACAUCAUGGUCAGAGGAUUGCCUGCCGGGUGUCGAUUAACGGCUGUAUUUGACGUUGGUCCGGUUUCCUAGUUCAUCGAGUGACUAUAAUUACUCAUUACAGUCAUGUCACUCGGGAACUGUUCUCGAUCUACCAUAUAUCUACGACUCUCACGGUCGACUGAAGGGUAAUCACGUGAGCCAACGUGCACUGGCUCGUAAAGCGGCGCCGGCGGAUGUGAUCUCGUUCUCGGGAUGCGAGGACGGACAGACGAGUGCCGACACGUUCAUGAACGGUCAGGCCGUCGGAGCUGCUAGUCAUGCCUUCAUUGAGGCUGUGCGGUCGAAUCCACAACAAAGCUAUCAGCAGCUGUUGCAGAACGUUCGCGUGCUGUUGAAGCCGAACUUUACUCAGAAACCCCAAUUGGGCAGUUCACAUCCGAUUGACACAUCGCUGAAAUUUAUCAUGUAGUAUAUGUUUGCUAUCUGCUUUCGAUUGUCUUCAUGUCUUAUCGUAGUACACUACUCUGCUAUAAUUGUAAUCGCUCGCUGCUCAUCAAUUCAUCACGGCGGUUUCAAGAUGUUCCUCGCUCGGUUCCGUGGAGGAUUGGCAUUCUCAUGAUUAUAUUGGAUUACUUAGAGCCUCAGGUCUACCUAAUAUAGGGUAGUCUCGAUUGAUUUUCUCUGCUUU